AUGUCUUCACCAUUGUAUGAUUACACUGCUAAUAUCGAGCUUGAGCAGGUGCCGGAAUCCCGUGAAGGGAGACCUAGUCCAAAGCGACAGGCUUCGCGACUGAUUACAGUUGACAACGUUCUACAAUAUGCCUCCGAUAUUCCAUCUAUGCAGAAGAGACAGCCGCAGAGACCUCGAACCUUUCGGACGGGCUCAGGCAAGCCUGUAGACCCUCGACUUACUGGCCGAUUCGCUGCUCCGCACAUCCCCUCCCGCUCAACCAAAACCUCGGAAAAACUGGUCCUUCUCCCGGAGGCUGUAGAGGAGGAGGACGAGAAGGGCGACUUUGGUCCUGGUGGGGACACAGGCCCGCCCAAGGAUGAUGAGGCUUUCAGGAAACUGGGGAGGGAGGGAGUCAAGAGUUAUGCUGAGAGAUUACCUAAAUCAAGGCGGACUGAGAAAGAACUGCCAAGAGUAACAGCAUACUGUACCGCUCAAGCAUACAAGUUGGCAAAUGUUGCUGCUUUUGUCCGCCAACGGCACGGCGCACGAGCAAAACUCUACGACGACUGCUUGUACUGUGCAUAUCAUCUACCUUUACUGCCCGGAUCAGAGGGCUACAGGAUUCGGAGCAGCCCCCCCGUCAAGAGUGCUAAAGGCGGGACUGUGUUGGAUGAAGUUAUAGAACGCAGUGAGCAGCGCAAUUAUCGACAACCAUAUUAUGCCGAAGAAGAAGAACAGCAUUCCGUUAGAGGACACUAUACCCCAGAAGAGCAACCAGUGGAGACGAAUGAUGAAGAACAGAGAAUUGAUCCACCACGAAUCAAUGGGCAUCGACGUGACAGCAACAAUUCACAAAGGUCUAAUAGCCCUUCAGGCCCAACACCCUUUGAUGCAUAUCGGUUUGCAGAGAUGUAUGUCUUUCGCUAUGGCGUGGUUGUCUUCUGGAAUUUCAGUGAACGACAAGAGAAAGAUGUUUUGGCCGAUUUUGCGUUUGCAACACUUGUUGAUCCUGACACGAACAUUGCUGCGCCAACUAUUCUGACGACGAAUCCAAUGGAAGAGGAAGAUUUCGAGACAGAGGAAUUCCAUUUCGAGUACAACAACGACAUUGCCCGGCCACGAGUAUACAACGACAUGAUCACGUUACGGAAUGGUGAUCACAUGAUCAAGCUGGCGAUCAGCCAUGCCAUUGCACAAAGUACCAAACUGAGCUUCUUUGAGGAAGCAAUGGCAGCACAGAUGGAAGCAGCUAAAGACGUUCCGGGCCGCUUGGCAAAGACGGGAGAGCUGGGUAUGAAAAGAGAAGAGGUCAUCAAACUACUUGGAGGCCUCUUCAAAAGUCGCGUCGAUGUCAAUUUGUCAUCGAAUGUGCUUGAUGUACCGAACUUGAUCUGGGAUUCCGAGCCGACCCUACAUCCGUUGUACACAGCAGUGCGCGAGUACCUGGAAAUCAAGCCCCGGAUCCAGGUGCUCAAUGAACGCUGCCGAGUAUUUCUCGACCUGGCCGAAGUGUUGUCAGACUACAUUUCUGAUAACAAGAUGUCCAGGAUCACCUGGAUUAUCAUAGUGCUUAUUGGCAUAUCUAUCCUCGUGACUUGCUCGGAAGUAUUCCUACGUUUUGGGAUUCUCAGCACGCGAGGUGGUGCUAAGCUACCACAGCAGAUGCAAGGAUUGAGCAUGAGUAGCGAGCUGUGA